AAAAGCAUCGAGCGAUUAAUUGACGCAAGCAUGAUGAACCGGAACUCACAUUCGAUAUUUUGGGCCUUUCGAAUGCCAAAGCUUCCUUCCAAAAGCCAGCGCUGUCCAAUCUCUUCGGGGUCCUACCACGCGCGCCGAGUCAAGCCCAGCCGCUUCGCACACGUCGCUCGCGCAGUAUCCGGUACCGUAGCGCACCCAAUGCGAGUCUGACUGGUACUUUUGUCCGCACAAGAUUUAAGUUUGGCCUUGAACGAGGCAACCUGCACAUGGUGCAGCAGCCGACAGGGCGACGAGUCGAGAGCUCUGAAGCGGAGCGUUUCUCCCGAUAUCGCAUGCUGCUGUGAGUCCAGAUGCUGCUUCUUUCAAGCUUCAAGUCUCAAGCUUGAUCGGCGGCAGUCGCGGCUCUCUGACGAUCGCACGCUCCCUAGUCUUGACUGAUCAACACCACCAGUGGCGCGACGAAGCCCUCAUCUCAUGCCCGGAACCUCGGAUCCCACGCGCUACCUCCUCGAACUCCCACCUUGUUUCUUCAGCACAAGCCCUAUCCGUGUUGUUGCACUGCUGCUCGCAUCAGCACCUCGCGCGCCGCCUGCCGUGCUGACAAGUCGCCUCGACGCUGUUGUGGACGAUACGCUCCUCUUUACGUUCUUCGCUUCCUGCUUCGAGGCUGUGCGGCACCGGCAGCUGUGCAACCUUCGUUUCUGUCCAACCUUCCACGUCCGCCCUUCCCUUUUCAUUGGCAUUCUCUGGCAGGAGCCGCCCUUCGAAACAUUGCGAACUUCCGAGCUUCGACCGGUUGCCUCGCAGACAGCCUCUUCGUCCGCUCGGUGACGCAAACUGGAGUGCACAUCUGUUUCUUGGCCUGAAGAAGAAGCUCCUGCUGAGACACGGCGUAGCAGAAGCUCCUGAUAAAACGCGGCCCGUCCUGCGAACCGCUCCCCUCACUACCAAAUUCUUACUCAGCUCCGUCUGCGCUUGUCGUCCGCCUUCUAUAGUCAACGCUCUCUCAGUGACAGCACGGAUCAGAGUCCUCUCAAUAGAUUCGGUCCGAGGUCGGAGGAUCUUCGCUCGAGACCGCGGACCGCUCAAGGCCUCCCUUCACCUAUACAUCGGGACGCCUUCAUUCGGCCAACUGACCUCCGGGCAGAGGUAUAAAACCGUGCAGUCCGUGUGACGUGCCUAGCCCUCUCGAUACAGUCGUAGGCACUGCUGAAAGAGCAAGAAGCGACGCAGGAACCGGCCAUUCGACGCACUUGUGCUGCGGCGUCUUGCCAUUUGACGUUCUGGCGUCUAAUUACACGUUUCAUGGCGCUUUGUCCGCCGCAUACGAGUCGUUGUAUCAUUCUUCUACCAGCAAAGCUGCAGCGGCGGCUGUCAACUCGAUCGCCGGGAAGCCACUCGAAGAGCGGAAUUGAGUUUGGCUUAGCACAUCAUCAGGUAAAGUUGUUGCAAGUGAGUAAAGUCGAUUCGAGGCUGCUGUAGGAUGGCGCUUGCGUGUGCGAAGGUACGGACUGGCAGAGAAAGACGCUACGUCAACCAAAGAGAGCCUCUCGUCUUUUCCCGCGCAAAGUAUCGGCCCAGCAGUCGCGAUGAGGCUGCCUUGGGCUGCUCCCCCCACGCGAGCGCUUGGGUCCAUUUCCCACCGUUGACGAGAUUCGAGGCGUUGAGAGAGAAUGCCGCACUCUGAUCUCGUAACUUGUCGAUGUCGCUGUCAUGCGUACUCAGGCUGCGCUGACAUGCCAUCUCCUCUUGCGAUUUUUGUCCUUUAGGUGCUACAAAGAGCCGCUUUGCUGUGGUUGCGUGCCCAGCUGCUAUUCGCGUGCUGUCCUUUUCUCGCCAGUUCUGAGCCAGGACCAACUGGAGAGCAUGGAGAUCGUCUCAGCACCUCUCAGAGCUCGUUGACGACCCAGGAUUCCUUUCACGAACUUCAUCCCUCACGAGUCACUCUGCGCAACCACCAUCAGCCACCAAGCUUUCCUCUCCAAUCGCUCACCCUUAGCUCUGAGGCUCAAGUACACAUCGCCGGAGAGGGAGCCAGCGUCAUACUUCCAUCCUGCUCGGUCCGCGCCUUCCCUAGUCCUCAC